CCAAUAUAAUGGAAUAGGUUGUGUAUACAUUAUAUUCCUCCAAAUUACUAAACAUGCAACACAGACAAAUUGCUCUGUUUUUUUCAUUUACUUGUUCUGUGCUAAUAAUCUUGACAUCAACCUCCGCCCAUCCCACGGCAGACAGUCCCGUAUCUCCUACUACAAUCACAAAAGGUACAAAUAUCGCCAAACCAGGAUGCCCAAAGCAGUGUGGGAACGUUACAGUUCCGUAUCCUUUUGGUAUUGGAUCAGAUUGUGCCAUAGACUCAAGUUUCGAGAUCAACUGUACAGGGUCUGGUGCAACACUCUAUAGAUCACACAUCAAAAUCUACGAUAUCUCAGACUCUGAAAUACGCGUAUCAAAUAUGCUGUACCAGAGAUGUUACUCAGAAACAGGACAGCUUUUAGAACCAGAUAAUCCAACAUGGUUACGUUUCGAAAAAUUAACACCAUACAGUUUCUCAGCACUUAACAUGUUUACCGUAAUUGGAUGCGAUGAAUCUGCUAUAAUGACUGGAGAUAACUUUCGUAACGGAUGUUACGCUUUCUGUACUAAUUCCAGUGGUGUUAAUGUUGUUGUAGGAAGGUGUAUGGGUACAGGGUGCUGUCAAAUAGAAAUACCUAAAGGAUUGAAAUACUUCAGCACGACGAUGGACAGUGUGGAAAAUCACACCGGAAUUUGGUCUAUUAAUCGAUGUGGAUACGCGUUUUUAGGUGAGGCAAGCCGAUUCCAAUUCAAGGGCGAGCAUGAUCUUACUGAUAAUAAUCUUAAAAACAGGAUUUUGGAUAAUGUUCCUAUUGUGUUAGAUUGGGCUAUCGGAAAUAAUCUUACUUGUGUUGACGCACAAAAGCGCAACGAUUAUGCUUGCCUCGUUAAUAGCCAUUGUGUUGAUUCCGACACUGGCCUUGGUGGAUAUCGGUGCCAUUGUGACCCGGGAUAUGAAGGCAAUCCAUAUAUCCAUCCAGGCUGCUCAGAUAUUGAUGAAUGUCGAAAUUCAAUUUCCAAUACGUGUGAACACAACAAUUGUAUAAACACGCUGGGGAGUUACAAAUGUUUUUGUCCAAAAGGAUACACUGAUGAUGGUGAAAACAAUGGUCGUGUCUGUAUUGCAACAAACUCCGAGUUCCCAUGGAUCAAGUUUUCUGUUGGUAUGGGAGUUGGCUUUAUAUCCCUAGUGGUUGGGACAAUCUUGCUCUAUUUUUGUAUCAACAAACGAAGACUCAUUAAAAAUAGGGAGAAGUUCUUCCAACAAAAUGGUGGUUUACUCUUGAAACAACAAAUCUCCUCUAAAAAGGGUGGUGUGGAAGCAACCAAAAUUUUUACAGCUGACGAGUUGAAGAAGGCAACAAAUAACUAUGCUAGUGAUAGAAUUCUUGGUCGUGGCGGAAAUGGAAUUGUCUAUAAAGGUAUUCUACCUGAUAACCGUAUAGUUGCUAUUAAGAAAUCUAAGACUGUGGAUGAGAAUCAAAUUGAACAGUUCAUCAAUGAGGUACUUAUUCUUACUCAAGUCAACCAUAGAAACGUCGUGAGACUCUUUGGAUGUUGUUUGGAAGAUGAAGUGCCUUUACUGGUUUACGAAUAUGUUUCUCAUGGAACUCUUUACGAGCAUAUCCACAAUCAAAAUGGAGCGCCUUGGUUAUCUUUGCAAAAUCGGUUGAGAAUUGCUUCAGAGACAGCAAGUUCACUUGCUUACCUUCAUUCAUCAGCAUCGAUGCCAAUAAUUCAUAGAGACGUCAAAUCUACUAAUAUAUUAUUGGAUGAUGGUUACACAGCAAAAGUGGCAGAUUUUGGAGCUUCAAGAUUAGUCCCUCUUGACCAAACACGUGUUGCUACAUUGGUUCAAGGAACGUUAGGGUACUUAGAUCCUGAAUAUUUCCAUACAGGUCAAUUGACAGACAAAAGUGACGUUUAUAGUUUUGGAGUAGUUCUUGCGGAACUUUUAACAGGGAUGAAACCUAUUUCGAGGGACACAAUUAGUGACAAGGACAAAUGUUUGGUGGAGUACUUUGUCUCAUCGAUGAACAAGAAUAGCUUAUUUCAAAUUGUUGAUCGUAGAGUUGUAAGAGAAGGAGGUCUUGAGCAACUUCAAAAGAUAGCUGAGCUCAUUAAGAGUUGCCUUCACUUGCACGGAGAAGAUAGGCCUACGAUGAAGGAAGUGGCUAUGGAACUUGAGAGUUUAAGAAAGUUCACUAGCCUUUGGACUAAUGGAAACGAACAUGAAGAUGAGAAGGAAGUUGAAUUAACAGAUCUUUAUACAAUUCCAAUUGACUCUAAUAUAGGUAUGGACAACUUCUCUGGACAAUAUCCUAGCUCCUACAUAAAUAGCAGCACCAUCUUUUCUGGACAAUAUAGUUCGGAUAGUUCUUCAUUACUACACAAUACAAAUAUCCCGCGGUGAUCGAUCCAGAAUAAAAGGUCAAUAUAUAUGUGAAGAUUUUUCUCUGUUUUGUAAGUUCCUUUUUAGCUAUCUUUCUUUCUUGUUGAAUGUUGUUAUGUAUUUUUAUUUGCGUCUGAAUUUAAUAAUCAAUUUAUUGUUGAUUGUAUUGUAUUAGUGACAA